GACUAUUCGUUUUCACAAUUUUAUAUCCCUUGAGCCUUAAUUAAAGCAACUGCCCCAAAAUUUCCACUCUGCUACAAUCCGAGUUUUUAACCGGUCCCUCUACUUUUUCGUACUACAUUUUUCAUCCCCUUCCUUCCGGCAGCCAUACCUUAAUCAGUAAGAGUCAAGAUGAAGAUCGAGGAUUUGGACGACCUGGGUUGUGAUCGAAAGGACGAUCCUUGUAACAGAAAGCAGAUUGUGAGGGUUGACGCCAAGAGAGCGUUGGUGGGAGCAGGUGCUCGGAUCCUCUUUUAUCCGACCCUUUUGUAUAAUGUGUUUCGUAACAAAAUCCAGGCCGAGUUCCGAUGGUGGGACAAAGUUGAUCAGUUUGUUUUAUUGGGUGCGGUGCCGUUCCCUAAGGACGUUCCCCGGUUGAAGCAAUUAGGUGUUGGUGGAGUCAUCACUCUCAAUGAACCUUAUGAAACUCUCGUUCCCACGACCUUAUAUCAUGCUUAUGGGAUUGACCACCUAGUAAUUCCCACAAGAGAUUAUCUCUUUGCUCCUUCCUUUGUCGAUAUUAGGAGAGCUGUUGAUUUUAUUCACAGGAAUUCAUGUUCUGGUAAAACUACUUAUGUUCAUUGUAAAGCUGGGCGUGGAAGAAGCACAACCAUUGUUCUUUGCUAUUUGGUAGAGUAUAAGCACAUGACACCAGCAACUGCCUUGGAAUAUGUGCGAUCUAGAAGACCUAGGGUGUUGCUGGCCCGCUCACAGUGGAAGGCAGUUCAGGAAUUUAGCAAACAAAGAUCCACUACUAUUACAUAUUCUCCUUCACGUGAUGCAGUUCUAAUAACAAAAGCAGAUCUUGAAGGGUAUCAUGGCACAUCCGAUGAUAACGCUGGGAAGGUGCUGGCCGUUGUAUCCAGAACAAUAAGGACAGGGCCCAUGAUGGCAAAAUUGUUGUGCCUCUUCCCAUCCCUUAAAGUUUCUGGUGUUAGUGGACGGGUCACUGCAAGGCUGCCUGAGGCACGUGCUUGCUAGAUGCCCAAUCCUCCGCCAGAAGUUAUUUUUACAGAAAAAAAAACGUUAUGAAAUAAAGUUCAGAUCUCUGACCAUUACCCUGUUUUCAGGCCAAGACUAACACUCAUUUUGGGUGGUGGGUUUUCGCAACUGUUCCUGAAAUUCAUGUGAGUAACCAUUUCUGUCAAGUGAUCACCAAGAAGCAUGGUUGGCAGAUGCGGAUGUACAUCUUGGAACUUUACGGUAAGUAUGAAUUGUACGAUGCACUAUUAUUUUAUCAAGUGGCGGUUUGAUCUGCUGUAAAUAGCUUAUUUUGCGGACCGUGCCAGCCCUAGGGUGAUGCAAGCCGAGUCACAGUCUUGGGGCAAAGCCUGUGGGUUGGUCUGGUCCGGCCAGUUAAAAAUAAUAAAAAUUGGAAAAUAUAAAAAUAUAAAAUUUUGUAGGUUGGUCCGUUAAAGACCCUCAUAGGUAGGCUUGGGACGCUUGGGUUGUGCUCCAAGUCUUGACGUGUUAGUAGGUGGCUCAGUCUAGGCUUGCUAAUUGGUGGCCCUAGACAUGCCUGACCCUUAGCACAGUCGGUUGGUACAACCUCUUGUCAUGUCUAUCUUUGAAUGAGUAUUCUAAACAAGUCUUGCUGUGGAUCAUGCAAUAACCUACUUACAACUACAACAAACCAAAAAAAAAAAACCUUCUUGAGUGUUGGUUUAUCUACUUGAGAAAUUGUAGGUUUUUUGACUGGUAGUUAUUUAAAGGUGGGUGUAUAUCAUAAGGCAUAGAUAUUGAUAAAAGAAUUAGUUAAUUUGUAUGUGUCACGAAAUUAUCAAAGUUGAUGUAAUUUCAAUUCUUAUAAAGAAUGUAAAUAUAUGAUGAAAAAUAUAUUGGCA